UUUUCGGGACUGUCCUUUGAAAACCGCCACUGCGGGCUUGGAACUCCCCGAGAGUUCUUCCUUAACAGCAGUCCCUCUUUUUUCACUUCAAGACUGAAGCUCGAGGAACUCACCAUUUGGCUGAAAUAGAGACAAGAUUUCCCAAAGUUUCGUCGGAGGAAAAAGAAAAACCUAACGGCGGAGGAGAGAAUUUCUAGCGUAUGGGUUUGGAUACUUAAAGAAGAUUAUUUGAAGACUCCUUUUGGAAUCAAAUAGCAUGGAUCCCAGCAGUGACUACCAUUUCCUCAACCAGAUUUUGUGGAGAAGAGUGAAACUCACAUUGGUUUGUGGCAUCUUUGAGGGAGUGCUCCAGCAUGUGGACCCUAACAAGAUUGUUGUCCUGAAGAAAGUGAAGAAUGUGGAGACUGAUCGAAGUGUCCCAGGAGUGAAGAUGUUUUUUGGACACGAGAUUGUGAAUGUGGAACUACUGGAUGAAGAAGAACAAGGUGCAGUAAGAGAAAAGGCAUCUUCUGUUAGUCUAAAUACAGAAAGAAACAGGAUGGAUACAAUAAAAGAUGAAGACCUAAAUGUAUAUAAGCCUGCUUCUCCUGCCUCUGAGGCACCAACCACUACUCUGCUAAAUGACCUCAAGUACAGCCCAUCAGAGGAAGAGGAGGUGACAUACACAGUCAUUGAUCAUUUCCAGCAGAAAUUUGGUGCUGCAAUGCUCCACAUCAAGAAGCAAAGUGUCCUGAGUGUGGCAGCAGAAGGAGCUAAUGUGUGUCGUCAUGGGAGACUGUGUUGGCUUCAGGUGGCCACAAAUAGCCGAGUUUACUUAUUUGACAUUUUCCUUCUGGGAAGUCGUGCUUUCAGCAAUGGACUUCAGAUGGUAUUAGAAGACAAGAGAAUUUUGAAGGUUAUCCAUGAUUGUCGUUGGCUUUCUGAUUGCCUCUCUCAUCAAUAUGGAAUUUUGCUGAAUAAUGUCUUUGACACCCAGGUAGCAGAUGUCCUUCAAUUUUCCAUGGAAACAGGCGGCUUUCUUCCAAACUGCAUUAGUACUUUACAGGAGAGUUUAAUCAGACACCUUAAAAUAGCCCCUAAAUAUCUCUCCUUUCUGGAAGAGAGACAAAAACGGAUUCGGGAAAACCCAGAACUAUGGUUCACACGACCUCUUUCACCCUGUUUGCUAAAAAUUUUGGCCCUGGAAGCUACCUACCUGCUCCCCCUUCGCUUGGUACUCCUAGAUGAAAUGAUGUCUGAUCUAACUACCCUGGUGGACGGGUACCUAAACACCUACCGAGAAGGGUCUGCAGACUGGCUGGGAGGCAUGGAGCGUACAUGUAUGGAGCUCCCAGAGGAACUGCUUCAACUGAAGGACUUCCAGAGACAGCGCAGAGAGAGAGCUGCAAAAGAAUAUAGAGUAAAUGCUCAGGGACUCCUAAUAAGGACAGUACUACAUCCAAAGAAGUCUAUGACAGAGACAGCAAGGAAAGAGGGAAAAGUAAGAGGUUUCUUACUUUGUAAAAAUUCUAGGCUAGAUAAAGCUCCAAACUUUACAUCUCACAAGGAUGUAAAUUUGCUAAAAGAAGAAUCUAAGAGUAAGCAAACCACAGCGGAACCUCAACAUCUACCUCCCAUAAAGGAAGAAGUCAGUGAAGAUUCCAGUAACAAACAAAUUUGCCCUGAGUCAGAGGGGUUUAAGGACCAGAGAAUAACUCAAAAAGAAUACCUUAAGAUACCUAAACAAGAGUUUCAGACAAAUUUAUCUUUGAAAGAGGAGAUAGAACAGUUAAUGAUGGAGGAAAACAAGGAAGAUCUAAAAUGUACAAAACAACGUGUUUUAGUGUCUCCUUCCCUUCCUCAGGAAACCAGAGUGUCUCCAAGUGACAUUUUUCAUCCUUUUAGAAAAGCUGUGCUUCCCACACUUCCUCCCUGCCCAGCUUUGGAGAAGACUGAUUGCUGGAUAAAUCCAGAUUCUCCCAAAUUGCCUUAGAGAUCUGCAGUUUGUUCUUGAGGCCAAUAAAGGUGGCUUAUUUCCUCUGCCAUCAAGGCCUUCCUCAGUGCUUAGGUUUCUUGUGUUGUAAAUUAGUCAUAGGCUUUGGGGGAAAUUAUAUCCUCUUGCUUACUCCUAUAUUCUUGGAAUUUGAUUAGGAUGGGAAUGAAUAAGUUAAAUAAUGGAAGA